AUGUCUUUCAACUUAUCAAACUUCACCAAAGACUUGAAGAGUUUAAGUGAUAGAGUUUCUACUGAAUUCAAUAAUGAAAUUUUGCCUUUAGCUCAAAGGACAUCAAGGCUAGUUCAAGAAAAGAUAGGCAAGGUCAACGCGGAUGACAUUAGCCAGUUACCAUCUGGAUAUUUAGAGUUGGCAGAGAGAUGUAACAAUAUUGAAAAACUAUAUAAGAAUGUCUUGAAAGUAACUUCCAAUUAUGAAAACGAAAGUUACGAUUACCCAACCAACUUGCAAGAGUCGUUCACUGAGUUCGGCAAGAACAUUUCUGCAAGAGUAUCAAACUUGUCGAAGGCAACUACACCAGCGGAAGCACAAGCUGCUUUGGUAAAAAAUGAUGAAUUUAAACCUCCAAAGACAAUGUAUCAUGCAUUGAGUCGUGCUACCGAUGCUUCAAUCUUGACGAGCGAACAAGCACAGGAUCCACUAGUGAAAGCUCUUGAUUUAUACUCUUCAAAUUUAAAUAAAAUCGCUAAUGCAAGGUUAGGACAGGAUCAACUAAUUAAAUCAAAGUUCAAUAAACCUUUGCUGGCAACAUUGCGCCAGUUAAUAAACCAAAGUAAUAAUAUUCAGAAGAAAGUUGAACAAAAACGAAUUGAUUACGAUUUGUCGAGGCUAAAUUUAGAAAAUUGCUCUAAUCCAGCUAGAGAAUCACAGUUUCGUGUCAUCAUGGAAAAUGCAGAAGAUGAGUUUGCGAAUACUGUUGAAGAUGGUAUGAAUAUUAUGCAGAAUGUAUUGGAGCAUGCGAAACCACUCGAGGAACUUUUCGAAUUGAUCAAGGCACAAUUGGCAUAUCAUAAAUUAGCUGCCGAAUUGUUGGGAGGAAUAGUAGGCGACUUUGAAAACUUGAUUGAAGAAAAUUCGAAGAAGACCAGUAAUACUGAUUCGGCAGAUUUUGAUAUUUAG